GAAGAACGCGUCGCCACGGAAACGGAUGUGUCGUAAAGUGAGGACGCAAAAGUUUGAACCAACUUGAGCGGUGAAAUCUAUGCUGAUGUCACAAUGAAUACACACGAAGACUCAGCGGAAAGGCUCGACACAGAGUUUGACCACAUUCUGCUGGACAUGAAGCCCUACGUCCUGAAACACCCCAACAGAACAGAACGCCAGCGUUGUGCAGUAUGGAUCAAGAAGCUGUGCGACCCAGCAUCAUGUGGUUCAGGUCUGACGAGUCUGAGAAACCGCAACCUGUAUGCUCGUCUGCUUCUUCAUAUGCUCAAAAGAGGGCUUUUGGAGGGUCCAUUCACGAGCAAGCCUGGACCUGGAACCCUCAAGACUCUCCCUGCCUACAUGUCCAUCUACUUCGGAGAACCACUGGCUGGUCAGUCUGUGGGGACGAACAGCAGAGAACUUCCUGACUGGGUGACAGGAGAACUGGGUGCCUCAGCAGACAAUAGUUUGGUUAUGGAUCUACUUAAGGACAAAUACAGCUCUACACCUGUUAAAACUCAUCACAGGAGAAGGCUUUAUGAAGAGAUGAACCUUUCUCGGCCCAUGUCCCCCAAUCCACUCUUAGGGGGACCCAGACAGGAUACCAGAAUGAUGGAUGAGGCUCUAAAGGCAGACGAGUCUCCUGAAGACAGUGACCUGGAGGCUCAUCUCAACAGUUGGAACACGGGGACUGACGUGCAGAUCAAAGUGCUGGAGGCUAAGCACCAGGAGGAGAAGCUGAAGCUGCAGCAGAGACACGACGCAGACAUCGAGAAGAUUCUGGACCGCAAACACGCUGAGAUUGAAGAGAUGAAGAGUCUGUACCAGGCUAAACAGAAAGAGUCACAGGAGCUGAUCCGAAAGCUGGAGAAAAAAGUUCAAAGUGUGCUGCGCGAAUCCCAGGUCAUCUGCCAGAGCAAAGAUAAGCAGAUAGAGGAGCUGAAGAAGAUGUCGGAUCAGAGCUCAGACUCUUUAAGAAAUGAGUGGGAGAAGAAGCUGCAUGCUGCUGUGUCAGAGGUGGAACAGGAGAAGUUUCUCCUACAGAAGAAACACACACAAAGUAUUCAGGAGCUGCUUGAUGACACCAAUGCCAGACUUGCUAAGAUGGAGAAAGAGUACAAUACUCGGUCCCAAACCACCGAACAAAAGGUUUUUGAGCUGGAGCUACGAGUAAAGCAACAGUCGGUGGAGGUGGAGAAAUGCAACACUCUGCGCCAGAAAGUUGCAAAAGAGAAAGCCCAGUUGGAGAUCCAUGUGGCAUCUCUCAGCACUGAGCUUCAGGAAGCUAACAGAAGGAUUAUGGCGCUUCAGAAGGAGAAGGAGCAGCAGAGUGAGCAGCACGAUGAGUUCAUUCUAAAGCUUGAAGCCAAGCACGAGACUGAUAUAAGCCACUUGCAUCAGGAGCAUGAUCUGUCUGCUGCGAAGUCUGCUGAGGUGAUAGAAGACUUUGAGAAGAUUGUGGCCCAGAUGAAACAUCAGCUUCAAGACACUGAAUAUCGAAGACUCCAACAAGUCAGGGAUCAAGAAAUGAAGUUUCAACAGGAGAAAACUGAACUGCAGGUCAACUGUGAGAAGAAGGUAUCUGCAAUUCAGGCGGAGGCAGAGAAGGAGAAAAUGGAGGCCAACAGGAAGAUAGCCAAACUAGAGGAAUCAUUGAGGGAGAUGGAGAGCCAGCUGGACAGAGCAAGAGAGAGCCAAAGGCAGCAGAUCCAGCAGGCAGAUAGAGCAAUGGAGCAGUUCAAGAAACAGGUGGAGCUCAGCUCUGAAAAGGUCUACACUGAGAUGAAACUCCAGAUGAAGAAGGUGGAGGAAGACCUGGUCCAUUCCAAGUCCUUAAGGGAGAACCAGGCCAAAGAGUUUUCUCAACAACUCGAUGCCCUCAGAGAGAAAUAUGAGCAGCAGAUGGCUGAGCAGCGCUCGCAGCACGAGCAAGAGAGAACGCGGCUACAACAACAGCACAAAGCGGAAAAGGACACCAUGGUCCAGGAACACCAGCGGGAGGUGAGCGGCGUGGAAAGCCAGGCCAGGGCCGCCCUGCAACAACACCAGCAGCACUCGCAGGAAUGGAGGAAGCGCGAUGCCCAGACAAUCUCAGAGUUGGAGGCCCUGGUGGAAGGUCUACGUGAGGAACUCCAGGACGUCCGCAGGAACCAUAAGCAGCAGCUGACUGAGCUGGCAUCGCUCCAUGAAGAGGAAAGACGAAGAGCAGUGUUGGACAAGGAGACCUCGCUGGACCAGCUCCGGUCUGACAUGGAACGCAUUCGUAGUGACCUUGAGAGAAGUCACCAGCAAGAGAAGAACGCCACUUUGGAGAAGACCAACAGCAGGAUGAAGCAGAUUGAGAAGGAGUACAGUCAGAAGCUCACCAAGUCUGCCCAGCUUAUUGCAGAGCUGCAGACGUCCGUAUGCGACUCAAAGGAGGAGGCGCUUCGGACAAAGCAGGCAAUGGAGAAGCAGCUAAAGGAGGCCAACGCUCGCUGGGACGAAGAGAGAAGAAGAAUUACCCAUCAUGCCGAUCAGACCAACAAGAUGCUUCAGGAAAAGCUGGAAAGUCUCCAGAGGCAGCUGCACAGCACAGAGAAGAAGCUGCUUAGCAAAGAGCUGGAGACUGAGGAGAAGGUGACCAUGGUGCAUCAGGAGUAUGAGGGGAAGAUCAAAGGUUUGAUGCCAGCUGAAGUCAGGCAGGAACUUGAGGACACUAUCACCUCUUUGAAAGCUCAGGUCAGUUUCCUCCAGAAGACGGCCUCUUUGCUACAGGAAGAGCUGAAUGCCUGCCGCAGCAGGAGGUCGGUGUGAUGGCUUGGACUGUACAGAAACGUAACGAUGAAGGAGCUUCAGCCUGACCUGGAGCGGGACAUGAAGGACCAAACUUCUCAUCCAGUGAGAAGAUUACUGGCUAGUAUAAGUACUUAACACUCCCAAUGCAAGAAAAAGUCACCCUGAAGUUCAAUCUUAUGUGUUUCCACUGUCAGUUUUUAUAUUUUUAUUUUCAAAGAUAUUUAUUUACUUCAUGCUGGUUCCAUGUUCAAAUGUGUUUUGAAACCUUCACUUUAACGUUGUGACUGUUAAUGUGCACUCACCUGCCAAAAAGUACUCACAUCUUCUGCCAUAGAUUCUCCUUUUGCAAAAUGAUAAAUAUUCUGUUAUUAAGAUUUUGAUGCCUAACUGGAGAUAUUAGAUUCAAGUGGCCAGUGAGCGUAUGCACACAAAAGUUGUCAUGUAUUCAUAAAUCCAUGUUGUUUUUUUUUAAUAAAUAACUUUCCAUCAU